AAAAAAAAAAAAAAAAAAAAAAAAACUUUUUGAACUAGAUGAAAAUCUGUUGCAAAUGAAAGACUCAAUGACAGAAGAAGACAUUGUAGAACAAAGAUUAUGUAAUGAUUCCACACCAAAAUCCACAGGAUCCUCUGAAAACGAUGAUAAUAACGAGCUGGCUUCACAAAGCUUUGAACGAUUUCGGGAACACAUCAAGAAAGAUGAAAAUGGUAAAAUAGAAGCAACAGCAGAGCCAGCCCAUUUUCCACGCCCUACAGAUUCGAUUGCAGAAUAUUGUUCAGAGUCCCUUUACAGCUAUAGUUUCACCCCACUAUCUCGAGUCACCAAAGCCGCCAAAAUCAAAAGGCAAAUAUUGAGCCGUGGUAUGGAUUAUAUGCAGCGUCUCCGAUGGAAAACCGGAGAAAGGGACACAGGAAGAAGGUUUUCGCAACCGGAUAUUGGUGUAUUAGAUGACUGGACAAAUGAAGGCUCCGGUAGAUUAAACGGAUAUCCCUCCAUGGUAGAUAUGAUUGCAGCUGCCAACAAUUAUUCGCCUUCAUCUCCCCUUCAGCACCAAAACACUCAUAGUGCAUCCGUAAGCCCCGUAACACCGACACGACCUACGCUUAACGAAACAGAGCCACCUGAAGUUGAUGCAGAAGGAUUUCAUCUGGGUAGAAGGCAAACAAUCGAGGUCGUAAACAAUUUACCGCCCAUUUAUGAAAUUCCUAAGCCCUCUCAUGUACCCGUCUCUUCACAAUACACUCGCGCACUACAUGCCCCAUCGAGAUUUUUACCACAGAGCCAAUCUAUUUUGACCACAGACGCUCAGGCUACGAUUCUGCUGUUUAAUGAUGUAGCGAGUCUUUGUUUCGGCAUUGAUAAAUCGUAUAUUGGAAAAAGUAUUAUACCAGCAAUUGAGGAACCUUUCCAAAGUCAAAUCAGCAGCAUAUUGGAUAGAAGACGAAAAUUGGCAGCAAACACAUCUGAAUCAGAAAAGGAGCGUGUGGGUAAGGGACUUGUGUUGGUAUGUGGAAUUGUAGUGCCCAUCCGAAAAAUCAAUGGCGAAGGCUCUUCCGCUGCUUCCCUUUGGUUGAAGGAAAAAAUAACGGACGAGGGAAAGUGUGUGUAUAUUUGGAUUUUUGAAGAGAUUUACGAAACGUCUUUGACAGCUUAUUUGGAUGAUGAGGGUAAUAUUACAAAACUUGAUGGCACAACAAAGGAAUUAUUUGGAUAUGAACCAGGUCAAGUCAUCGGAAAGCCUAUUACUUUGCUGAUACCUUCCUUAUCUGACGAAACCAAAGUCAAGCCUAGCGUUGAUUUACACAAGAUUGACAAGCUAAAGUUCUAUGGAGGGCGAUCUACAAAGGACAUUAGUUUCCCCGUCAUGGUCAACAUCAUACCUUCGAGCAACAUUUUAAAAAUCGUCUCGUUACCAUCCAUUGCAGGGCUUAUUACUGUUCACGAAGAUGGAAAGAUACAAAGUAUCAAUCCUGUGCCUGCGAAAUAUCUGUUUGGGUAUUCCACCGAGAGAUUAAUAGAGAAUUUCAACAUUGAUCAAAUUAUUCCACAAUUUUCGGAUAUUGUAGCAGGCCUAAGAAGUUGUGACCUCUUACAGUCUUGCUGCACUGUGAACAAUCACGCUUGCAGAUGGGCGAUAUCCGAUAUGUGUACAGCUGGAGCAUACAAGUCUACAGAAGUGUGUCAGUCAUUAAAGAAACUGGAGCGUCUUCCCUCGAUCAGCUUAAAUGGUCAAAAAUUACCAUUGAUAUAUGCCGUGCAUCGCGAUGGAAGUCAAUUCGAAAUACAGUUACAGCUUAGAGUCAUAGAAAGCGAAGAAGAAGAUUUAAUCAGUAUUUGGGUCACCUAUGAUCGAAUUCAUGCAUUUAGAAAAACCCGAUCCCAGCGGAAGAAAUCUGCAGUCAAUAUUCCCACAGUGGUUGCACAAAAUGACGAACUUCGACAUCCUCUAAGUCCUAUUGUUGAUAAUAGUCCACCUAUUCAAAUAGACACGCCAGAGCCAAAGGAAAAACCUGCAGUGAAAAAAAGACCCCCGGUUAGACCUUAUGGCAUCUCGUCGUUUGGCUCUGUUGGUAAGGGCAAAGCGCUGUUUCCAACAGCCAUGACAACCAUGUAUGAGGAAAAGGAAUAUUCGCCAAAUUCUUCUUCGGAACAAGUCAACGAACUCGGGAUUCAAGAAAAGGAAACGGAACAGACUAAAAAGUCUCCAAUAGAUGACUAUGUCAUUGUCGAUACAUUGGGUGAAGGUGCUUAUGGAGCGGCAAAAUUGGCAUACCGUAAAGAUGAUCCAACAAAGGCUAAGGUUGUAAUUAAAUGUAUAGAAAAAUCCAAGAUUGUCAUUGAUUCAUGGAUCAGAGACAGACAAUGUGGUCUGAUACCUAUGGAAAUUCAUAUACUCAAGAAACUACAAGAGCAUCCACAUGAAAACUGCUGUACUUUGGAAACCUAUUUUGAAGACGAGGAUAUGUAUUUUGUGGUGAUGAAGAUUCAUGGAACUAGAAGUAUGGAUUUGUUUGAUUACAUAGAACUGAAUGAACAUAUUGCAGAAAACGAGAUCAGAGAUAUAUUCAGGGAAGUUGCUCUUGCAGUCAAACAUAUACAUGAUCUUCAUAUAGUGCAUCGUGACAUCAAGGACGAGAAUAUAUUGCUGGAUGAAAAUGGUUCAAUUCAACUGAUUGAUUUUGGAAGUGCCGCCUAUUUUAGAAAAGGACGUACUUUUGAUACCUUUGGUGGAACACUGGAUUACUGUGCUCCCGAAAUAUUAAAAGGAAUGACUUAUGAAGGCCCACCUCAAGAUAUUUGGAGUCUGGGUACAUUAUUAUACACUUUAAUUUAUAGAGAGAAUCCAUUUUACAAUGUGGAUGAGAUUAUGGAACAUGAUUUAAGAAUACCGUUUGUUUUAUCAGAGAGCUCUCUUGAUCUAAUCAAGAAGAUGUUGAAUCGCGAUGUCGAUAAACGUAUUAACAUAGAUCAGGUGCUGGAACACCCUUGGCUCAAGUCAUCGCAGUCUAAUACAAACCAGUAGUUUAACAAUGAUUUUGCUUCACGCAUGAUUAUUCUGUAAAUAAAUAAAUCCUUUUUCCCAAAAAAAAAAA